CUUUCAUCAAUAGUGUUUAUUUCUCAAAUGUAGUUUAGUUAGGUCUACCUCAAUCUAAUAGAAUAUAUAGUAGACUAUAGAUAGAGCGUCUAUACUAUAGUGUCUAUAGAAGUCUACUUCUUUGAUAACAGAUCUAAUCCUCUUUAGAUGUUUGCAUUUGUAGGCCAAAUUAUUAUCUUUAAAUUUUAUCUAACAGCAGCACACAGUGUUAUCACACCAUGACUACACUAAUUAAUUAUUAGUAUUAGUACGCAGACCUGCCUAGACUAGAUGUAGAUCAUACAUAUAUCUAGAUGUAAAUCUAAGAAUCUAGGUCUAGAUAAUAGUACUACAUGAUAGAUCUAGAUUGAAUUUCUUGUCGUUGUCAGUACUAGUAUUAUUAUUUAGUUCUUUGGCUACACUGAAAUUACAGUCACGGUAAUUUAGACAAACAUUAAUAAUCAUCUUUAAAGCUAAAAAAAAAUAAAUAAGAAAUCAAAAUGUCUAUGAGUCAGACACUACCAUUCCUCUAUGCUACUGGAACCUACUAUGAAGUUGGCUUCAGUAUAGGAUCAACAUUUGCUGAAAGAAUCAACAGGUUCUGGAAUGAAUCUGAAGGUGUUAGUAAAUAUGACAUUCCAUUUCAUGAGACCUCUAGAGGGCAAGAGUACUUCAAUGCUGCUUUAAAAGUUUGUGAAAUGAAUUUUCCCCAAUACAUACAGGAGAUUAAAGGCAUGGCAGAUGGAGCCAAGAUGCCCUUUGAUCACUUGUUCAUGCUGAACAUCUCUAAAGAAGUUCAAAAUGUUUUAGUCAAAGUCCCAAGUGUAACCAAAGAAAAAACUGGAUGCUCAGAUGUCUUCCUAAAUAGACCAACAGUCAAAAUUUUAGGUCACAAUGAAGACUGUGAUCCCAAGAUAAAAAAAUAUGGCUAUAUGGUGAGUGUACGGAUAUUAGAUGAGCAAGGUGUCAGAGAAUUGGAGAGCUUUACAUCUUAUUGUUACCCCGGUGUUUUGCCAGGUACAGCUGUUUCAUUCAACAGAUAUGGUAUGGUCUUUACUAUUGAUGGCUUAUACACAGACUAUAUUAUUGAAACAGCUCCUCCUAGGCAAUUUUUAAAUAGAAGCAUUAUUAAAGCUCAUUCUCUAGAUGAAUUAAUUGAAUUAAUUAAAAACCCAGGAUUUGGUGUUGCCUAUGGCUUUGCAGUGAAUGUUGUGGACAUCACAAAUCCAACUGACUUUUGGUCAAUAGAGGUUGGACCUCAAGCCAAUGUUUCAUUAUUCCAUGUGCACACAAUAGCAGAAGAGAAAGACUCCAGCAAGCCGUGUCAUUAUUACCAUAUAAACCAAUAUAAACAUCUCAACAUUCAAGAAACAGCAGAGCUAAAGAGCUCCAAAUUCAGAACUAAGAGGACAGAGGAACUGCCACCCCCAAACAGUCUGCAUGAUGUUUUGUGUGUACUUGGGGAUCAGGAAAACAUGGAGUAUCCAAUCUAUAGGACAAAGAGGUCCACUGACAAAUCUGCCACAGCUCUGACUGCCAUUGUGGAUGUUAAUAAAAACAGAAUAGACUUUUACACAGAGAACCCAAGCAGAGAGAAAGCUGUGCCUUUAUUUCAUCUCAAUAUUUUGGAUGUUUGAUUUUUUGUGUACUUCAUUGUUGUUUUUGAUCAGAUAUUUUUACAGUGUCUAUGUAUUUCAGAAAUAUUAUUUAAAAAAAAACAACAGUAUUAACUUUUACAUUAAAAUGUGAUUCUCAUUAUUCGAUUUUCAGAAACUGUUUAGAAUCUAUAGUUUAGAGAAAGGUUUUGUUUUUCAGGUGCUUGUAAAAUAAGACCUCAAACAUAAAGAAAAUGCCAUUUCAUAGUGGCAUAAUCACAGUGGCAUUUUGUACCACCAUAUGUAAUGUUGUUGUUUUUUUUUUGCUAGAAUUGUGCCUUUUUAAAAAUCUUAUAUGAACUGACUCUGUCUGUCUGGUAAAAAGUUUGGACACAUUAUUUCUGCCAUACCCAAUCUUGGAUCAAGUUGAAAUUUUGUACCUGACAAAUCAAGAAUCAAUUAAAAAAAAUAUAACCAAUUAGCUAAUUAACUGUUGAUAAUUAAUUAUUUUGUUUGGUAUCAAACAAAAGAAAGAAGUCAUACUUGACAUGUGGUGGUAUAAGUAAUGCUUAUAUCAGUCCCCUGAGGAGCCUUGAGCCAAGUGAGCAAUUUUUUGUAUACAUUUAAAAAGUGAUCACAGUAACCUUCACACAGAUAUUCCUCUUUUUUUCCCCUCCCCUUUCCAAACUAAUCCAGUCAGUGAUUCGUUCAUACCUCAUUGAGAAAGCUAAAAGCAUAAAAUGGCGCUAAACCAAAACAAUUAGUAAAAAAUAUUUUUAAUCGCACAGAUUUAUUAUUGUUAAUCAGAUGACUGAUCCAAAUUAAUUGAUACCAUUACACUCUGUAUAAGCUUAGUUUUUUUAAAAAGUAUUUUUAUGUUUUUCUUGUUAAAAUCUAAUUUGGACUGAAAAUUUCACCAUUAUACAGAAUAUCCACAUUCACCCAUCCCUUAGUCUUCUAAGCCAAUUGGGCACCACACAAGAUAUGAUGACCGUCUUUCUCCACUACUCUCUUUUUGUUUCACCUUGCAUAAAAUCUCUUUCAAUGGCAGGCUUGUCCAUUCUUUUAUGUUGUCUUCCCAUCACUUUCUCUGUCUACCUCUUCUUCUUUUUCCUUAUACUGUUCCCUGAAGGAAGGUCUUUGCCAGUCUUAAGGACCCAUAGAGUUUUUCAUUUCUUUUUUUUGUUUUACAGUGCUGAGAAUUCAUGGUGGGGUCCAAUGGCUGUGUUAAUUCUGUUUCUAAUCUCUUUGUUUCUGAUGUGGCCUUUUUAUCUGAUACUUAGGACCUAGGAUCUUUCUGUAGCAUCUCAAUUUAAAUGCUAGGAUCAGACCUACAAAACCAAUUGAUGACUAAUUAACUAGACUACUUGUCCGUCUUGUUAUGUCACAGAGUCUCCACCUGGACUCAAUUUAAUGCAUUUCAGUUUUUUAUUUUCAAACUGAUUUUUAACAUGAAAAAGGUUGAAAGCAAGAAUAUCAAAAGAGUUUUGUUAUAUUGACCUCAUUAAUCUUAUUGACCUCAUUAAUCUUAUUGACCUCAUUAAUCUUAUUGACCUCAUUAGUCUGACUGAUGUUUAUUAUUUUGUUUUUUGCAAACAGAUUUUUUUUUGUUCAAUUCUUAUUCCACAUUGACUUAAUACUUUGACCACUUCAUUAUGUGACUUCAUUAUUUCUUCAUUUUGUUAAUAAAUAUUUUUUUACCAGUGAAA